UUUCCCUGGUUCAUGGGCGAAGGCUGGCACGAUGUUGGACACCACGGCCACUGCCACUGCCUCUGCUCCCGGCACCAAGGCCAGCACCAAGAAGCCAAAGAAGGCGGUGAGUGGCUCCAAGGCCCGCGAGCCCGCGGGGCCCAGCGUCACUGAGCUGAUCACCAAGGCCGUGUCCGCCUCCAAGGAGUGCAAGGGGCUCUCCCUCACCACGCUCAGGAAGGUGCUGGCUGCCAGCGGCUAUGACGUGGAGAAGAACAAGAGCUGCAUCAAGCUGGGGCUCAAGAGCCUUGUCAGCAAUGGCACCCUGGUGCAGACCAAAGGCAUCGAGGUCUCUGGCUCUUUCAAGCUGAACAAGAAGCCGGGUGAGACAAAAGAAAAGGCAACGAAGAAAAAGCCAGCUGCCACGCCCAAGAAGCCGGUGGCCAAGAAGCCCGCCAGCGUGGCCAAGAAGCCCAAGAAAGUGGAGGCGGUGAAGGAGAGCCCCAAGAAGGCGAAGAAGCCAGCAGCCACAGCAGCCAAGAAAGUGACCAAGAGUCCCAAGAGAGCCACAGAGGCAGGCCCCAAGAAGGCAGUCAAGAGCCCAGCUAAGGUGAAAGAAGUGAAGCCCAAAGCAGCCAAGCCUAACACAGUCAAACCCAAAGUGGCCAAAGCAAAGAAGGCAGAGCCAAAAAAGAAGUAAGAUGUCUGAGAGAAAAUGAGAGUAAAUAAACCCUGUCAU